CGUGCGACUUACGCAGUUCGUGGUUGCGCUGUCGCGAGGGCGGACGAGAUAACGCCGUAUCUCCGUCACUCCGGUCCCGCGAGGGCUUCGGCGAUAUUCGCGUUCGAUUCCGCCGAGUACUCGAGCGAGAAACGUCGAGAGGAAGCGGGGGAAAGCGAGAGAGGGAUAUAAAUCUACCGGGGAGGAAGAGAGAUCGAGAGGGAGAGGUGCAAACUCCAGGAGCGAGCUCGUUGACGUACGUCGCAAGAUGUUUUCCGGCUUGACGAAUCAGGUGUCCAAUUGGAUGGGGAAGAAGCCCGAGAACGGCGGCGAGGAGACGGCCGAGCAGAAGCCUCCGGUCGCCUCCCCGGAAGCCGAGAGCGCCGUGGAUCUCGAGAAAAAGAACAACACCAGUCCGAAGGGCAAUAAAUUGGAAAUGUUCGCCGGAGUAAAGAAUCAAAUGUCCGGUUGGUUGAGUGGCGGUAUACCUGGAUUAAGCCGCGGCGCCGGAGGCGGCGAGGGUGAGGCUCCACCGUCAGCUGAGACAGAAGAGAGCCAGGUGCCCCAGGAGAGCCAGGCUCCCGUUGCUGAACAAGUAAAGGAUGAUGACGCAAGCAGGUAUGCAACCGGUGGAGCGGACAGCGGUCCCGCGAGUUUAGAGGGCACCCCGACCGACGACAAAAAUGGACAACAGGCUUUUGGUGCCGUUUCCACAAAGGCGCUGGCGGGUGCGAAGAGUCUUGGUGGAUUCUUGUACAGCGCCGUGAACAAGGCCGGGAAGACCGUGGUGGAGGCCAGUGUGAAGAUCAAGAAGACCGUCGAAGAGAACAGGCUGAUCGCUGAACUUAACAAGGAACAGGAGGCCUUCAUCGCCAGUAAGCAGACAGGCGAGAAGGGCGAGGCUGUUGCACCGUGGGUCGGUGCACCGAAUGAAGACGCGCUACGCGAGGAGUGCUUGUCACUUUCAACUGAUCGACGUAAUUUUGUGAGAGCGCCACCACCAGGGGUAGAAUUCGCUUGGGACUUCGAGGCAGUUCAGCCAAUGGCACAGGCCACUCUCGCUCUGGAUCCGAAUCUUGAGACCAUGAGGUUCGAGCUUGUGCCGAAAGUUAUAUCCGAGGAGAACUUCUGGCGCAACUACUUCUACCGGGUGUCCCUGCUGCGCCAGGGGUACGAGCUAAACGCGAUGGCCAGCAGCCAGCAGCAGGCGGAGAGCAAUUCCAAUCAAACCCUCGCCAGCACCACUGACAGCAUCGAUCACACUCAAGUUCAAAUGACCACUGGCCAGACAACCACCCCUGGUGCCACGACGACGAGCAGUAACAACGCGCUGGCCGAUUCGCCAGGCCACGAGUUCGUGUCCGAUACCAUGAGGGUCUCGGACACAGACCUCGAGGAGGUCCGAGAGGGGAUGAGAAAGCUGGGGAUGCAGCCGCCGAAAGAAGAAGAUUGGGAACGUGAGUUGGAGGCCGAGCUAAAGGAUUACGAGGUUGUAACGGGUGGCCACGAGAAAACCAGCAGCAACGUCAUCGCCACGAGAGACAUGACGGUGAACGAUAACGAUUGGGAGAAGCACAUCGACGAGCUGCUUGCCAACGAGGACGACGAGGAUCUCAAGUGAGUCAAGGAGGAGAUCCUCCUCGUGACCGGUUAAAUGGAUCUGCAUUAUCGGCGGAGCUCGAAACUGCUCUUCCUCACCGAUCGAGGGAGAAGCUCCUCGCGGAUUUCUUUUCCACGCGAUUUGUUUAUUUACGUUUAUCACUCUCUCGUCGAGCAGAAGGAGAAGAAGGACGAAUCGAGUUGUCUCUUCUACGAGAGAUCGAUUAAGGAUACACGUUGUUUGAAAAAAAAACGUGUAAGAAGAGAGAAUCUAUUUCGAGCGAACGAUUCGACUGGGAUUCAAUUGUGAGGGAAAAAAUGGAUGUAAAAAUUCUGUUAAAAUAAUCUUCUUGCGAUAGAAUUCGAUUCCAUUAUUUUCUUUUUACUUAUGCAGAGAUUGCGUGCUAUUCGAGGAUAAUAAUUUUUGAUCGUUGUAUUUUUGAUGGAAUUUUCUCCUCUCCUUUUACAUCGAGAAGCUUUUUACAUCUGUAAAACUGCGUUUUGUUACCUUUCUUUUCCGUCAACUUUGAAAGACUGGAAGCCCUCCUUUCGUCGAGUCACAAAGCACCGCUUCGAAAAGAUUCCUCUUCUCAUCUUGAUCCAGUGUCGAUGUCUCCCGAGGGUAGGAAACGCGAAUAAAGAAACGCAUGGGUUCUUUGAGGAUCGGUUUGUCUCCGGGAAACGAGGAGCAGAAUAAGAGCAGGAUGCAGGCUGAAAAUUGUGAAAAAUGGCGGUGUAAAAGCGAAGAUUGUAUUAUAAAAAGCAUAAGUGUGUGAAAGUGAAAGAGAGAAAGAUAGAAAUGUUGUAUCUUCAUUAUUUUCCUUGCUCUCUUUUUUUCUUUUUUUUUUUCUUUUUCUCCAAAACAGCGCGAAUUCUUUGCGAUUCUCGGGCACGAUGAUGGCAAUCGUCGUUUCAUAGCUCGGAGACGAAAGAGAAAAGAAAAA